GGGCGGCGUUAAUUCCGUACGUCUUGUUUUGAUUAUAAAAGAGAACGCUCUCUGGUGUCAAUAGCACGUUACAAACACAAAUGCCCUAGAAAACUUGGGUUGUCAUGUCAAAAUUGUGCAAGUUAUUCUAAGAGGUCCUGUAUUUUGGAUAGAAGAGAUUUGCAAUUCCCAAUUUACAUUGUAAUAAACAUUCAGUAAUAGAGGAGGAAGUAUGAGUGUGGUGAGGGAGAAAUGUGAGAACUUCACAAACAUACCGAUAAACAACUUGGAGAGUACCAAAGUUAUAACACCUGAUGAUGUGCUGAGGCUGUGUAAAGUCACAGAUUCUUACCUGUGCACUCCUGAGGCUAACAUCUAUGACAUAGACUUUACCAGGUUCAAAAUUAGAGACCUGGAGAGUGGUGCUGUUCUCUUUGAGAUAGCCAAACCCACACCAGAGAAUGCUGAUGAGAAUGCAGAGAAGAAUGGUGAGGGGGAUGAAGCCAUUGACCCAAAUGCUGGAAGAUUUGUUCGAUACCAAUUUACUCCACAAUUUUUGAAACUUAAGACUGUUGGUGCUACUGUUGAGUUUACGGUUGGAAGCAAACCAGUGAAUAGAUUUCGUAUGAUCGAGAAACAUUUCUUUCGUGAUAAGCUUCUGAAGACAUUCGACUUCGAGUUCGGUUUUUGCAUUCCAUUUUCUCGAAACACUUGCGAACACAUCUAUGAGUUUCCGACACUACCCGAUGAUCUCGUGAAGGAAAUGAUAGCUUCGCCUUUUGAAACUCGUUCGGACAGUUUCUACUUCGUCGACGAUUGUCUCAUUAUGCACAAUAAGGCUGAUUACGCUUAUAACGGCGGCCAGUCCACGUAACUAGGAGUCGCCAAUGCAGCGGACAGGAUUGCAAUAAAACACCACUUUUAAUAAUUGUUACAAGAACACGGAAAACCAGCAACACAAAAGUACACGAUUUCUAUUAAACAAAACUAAAAGAGGAGAGUCCGCUUUGUCCAUCUGAUUAAUUGAAUUUUGAUUUGAAAAAGAACAAAAAAAAAUCUUGAUUUCCAAUUGAAACUUCGCCUUUCGUGUGGUUGCACUGACAUUUUUUGAAUCUUUAAAACUGUGAGGACAAUAUUUCUCUUUGAUCACGUUCGAUUCAGUUUCCAUUUAUUUAUUUUUAAUAUUCGACAAGCUGGGAGCACAAGGUAUAUAAAUAAAAUUAUAUAUAAAAAUGGAACACGUGUGGCACAAAUUGUUUGAGAGAAUUUAGCAUGGAUUAGUUAAGGGUUUUAAACGUGGAAAGAAGGAGAAGAAAAUGUAAUUCAGGACAAUAUUUACAAGCACGAUGAUGAGGACGACGACUACUACUAUGAGACCGGUUUUUCUUAUUGAUAAUAUUUCGUUGUUGUUUUCUUUUAGUUUUCGAUGUACCACAAAAUUGCUUUAAGAGACUCGCCGCAUUCACAGUUGAAAUUGAGAUGAGAUAUUCUCCGAAGAAUGGUAAAAUUGCGUAGAGUAAAGAAGCUUCUUGUGUUUUUUUUUACUAGAGCCGAAAGAGAUAUUUUUAGAAACGACCCUGCCGCGUACAUUUGGACAGGACAAGCGAAUCAGAUUAGGUAAGAAAUGAUUUAUCCUGAGGAAGAAAAAAAAUAAAAAUAACGAGAAAUAAAACAAUGUUUAAAAAUAUCUAUUUAAUGUUGGUUCGUAUUAUAUUUACAAUAAUUAUUAUAUCUAGUUUAUCUCUCGUGUGAGCACACCAGUCUUAGGAGAUUCUAGAGUGGCUUUAAUUGAUGAAAAAAAAAAUGGAUUGAAAACUAUACCAAAUUAUUAUGCAUCUAGCGAAAGUUUCCCAUUGUAAAUUAGCCGUGAUGUUUAGGGAUUCCCGAGUUGCCUCUUCUAUAUUAUUAAUUAUAUUGAUUCAGUAACUGGUUUCUUGGAGAAGGGAAUUCAGCUAUCCUUUGUGCAGUAUUAUUUCGUCUAGCAUUUAACGCAUUUCUCUCUUAUUGUGAUUAAACUCUUCAUAACCAUUUUGUUACUUGAUUAUUUUUUUUAAAAUAUUUUUUUGUUUGUUAUUGUGAAAGUACUUCAAA